UCUACACUACCACAAAUUCGCGAGUAUUCGGUCAGUCCGAAGCCCCAAAUUCCCAAAAAAAAAUCAGAUCGAAGGAGUCCAGUGGCUCACGUUGUCAUAACGGUGCAAUUUCAAUAUUGCAUGGAGAAAUAAUUACUUGAAUGAGUAAUAAAUAAUCGUUGGGUAGUUUCAAAAUUUUUGGAGCAAUUAAAAUGUCUGAUACACGUCGCAGAAGGAAGUCAGACCAGUCAGGAGGGUCUGAAGACCUGUCGGAGUCUUACGAGGAGCUCAAUGCAACCAAGGAAACCCAGAUGAGAGACCGUCGAACGAUGUCAAAUGUCAAAUGUAAGGCGAUCGAGGUCGACGGAGCGGGAUCGAAAAGUAGCGAGCAGAUAGAGGUUCAUCACGAUUCGGAGUAUGACACAGCUGGCAGUGAUGGAGAGUCAGAGGGUGGUUCUCAAGACGGUGGACAGCGGGAGAGUGGUGAUGGCCAAGAGGAGGAUAAACCUCAGAAGAAACUUGAUGAUGAUGAGGACAGACGAAACCCGCAGUAUAUACCAAAGCGUGGAACAUUUUACGAGCACGAUGACAGAACAGCUGAGGAGGCAACUGAGAGUACAGUUGAACAGCCACCGGAGAGAGACAAUAAGGAGAAGAAAGUUUGGAGGGAGAAGGAGGACAGAUGGGAUCACGACAGGUACAACGAUGAGGAGCAGGCUCCUAAGAGUCACGAGGAGCUCAUUGCUGUCUAUGGGUACGAUAUAAGGAAUGAGGAGGGCCCACCAAGGGCUAGAAGACGAAGAAGAUAUGGACGUGGACCCAACAAAUACACUCGUAAUUGGGAGGACGAAGACGCCUAUGGGAAAACUAGUGGAAAUAAUACUUCUACGAAGCAUAACAGAAGGUCCAACAGAGGUGGAGAAGAAUUUCCUGCCCUGAGAGGAUUCAAGGAUGAACCGGAAACUCCUGAGGAGCCUGUCAUCUCAUCUGCAUGGUACACUAAUAAAAAUAAAUCUCAAACAAAGCAACCGAAUUUUCCACCACUCCAGCCCCAGCAGGAUAAUCAGAAGAAUAAAUCAACCGGUGCCCAGAACGAUCUCACGAACGAAAAUAAAGCUCCAAAUGAGCCCACAAAUCCAGCCUGGAAGAAGGAUGCGAAAUAUACGAGCCAGAGUCUCAGCCCCAGUAGGAAUAUACCCCACGUUGAGCCUGAAAAAAUUGUUUACGUUAAACAGAAUCACGCGAAUAAGAGACAGGUUCAGGAGUCCGUUAGUUUGGCAGCGAGUAGAGCCAGAGGACGUGGAUUUAAACCAAGUGGCAAUAAUAAUGUCAUUGCGAAUAGAACAGUGGAGAAUAAGGGACCGAAGGGUCGUGGAGGUGGUGUUAUUAAUAAUGACAAUAUACGAAGGAAUAAUUCGAGUCUUGAUGAGGAACAAAUUGUCAAUGAUAUCAAGCAUAUGACUGUUAAUGAUGGAAGUGGCUAUCAUCAUCAAGGAAGGCCAAGCCGAAAUUUUUAUGCACCACCAUCGAAUCAGCAGCGUCCAAACGUCCCUCCACCACGGAUGCAACAACCACCACCCCAACAGCCUUCAGUUCAGCAACAAGCUCAUCCUCAAUCACUGCCUGAUGUUGCUGGUAAUCGACCAAAACGAUAUUCGAGUCUUCGACAGAGACCAGUUAUGCCGGAGGGGCCUGUACAGCCGACAUACCCACAGCAGCAUGCCCAGCAUAAUCAGCAUGGGUAUUAUCCACCACAAGCUGGAAAUACGCACGGUGUACUAGACUCCCAAGCUUACCCACAAGGACACUACGAGCAACCACCGCCUGUACCAACGACUGUUGCUCCCAUGGGUGGACAGCCAGUGAUGCCAUUGCCACCAGGUGGCCAGCCAGCUCCAUAUGCACCUCCACCCUUUUUAGUACCACCACCGCAGUUUAUCCCAUCGCAAACAGCACCACCCAAUAUCAUAAAUUACGUCUCAGCACCAAACGGCCCACCAUUUCAACCUAAUUUCCAGGGGUAUCAGGGAUAUAAUCCUAAUGUUCAGCCACAGGGUCCUCCACCUCCACCAGAAUUGUUCCAGCCCCAAGGCUGUACCUACUACAAUCCAGCACAGCAGCCCCCACAGCAGCAGCAGGCAGCCCCCGUGCGCCGGCCAAAGGCAGCAAUACCGAUUCUUCCACCUCCUGACAAUAGCCAGUAUCACCAGGGAAGCAGGGGCAGAGGAAGGAGCAUCACCCAGACUCAACAGAACCCAACGAGUAAUAUCCAAUCCUUCGAGGACCCCACGAUCGACCCCACAGACCUCAAACAGAAAUUUCCACCGGAAACAUUCGAAAAUUCACAGCUGGAGGGCUAUGAUUCUCCCCCAGAUCACGUUACACAAUCAGAAAGCAAAGAAACAGCUGUUAUCGAAGGGAAUGCAAAGAGUCCCGAGAUUUCAGAGGUAGAAGUUGAGAGAGUUGAAGCUGUUGUUGAGGCACCAGAGACAGAUAAAUUAACAAAUGUUGUUAUUAAUGAUGAGAAAGUGGCCACUAGUGUUGACAUUACCGUUGGUGAAACUGCAAUCACUAAAGUCGAAAGUGUGGUGCAUGAGAAUCACGUUGUGGAGGAAGCUGCUGCCUAAAUUAAUCGAUAUCUGACUGAAUAACUGGAGGAUAUUGAAGAAUGCAGUUAUCAUUGAAGAGCAUGCAUAGACUUUAGGUAUUCAAUUGAAGGGAGACUGACACGUAUGGAGAAAUUUCAUUGAAAAAUCUGGGAUCUUGGGGAAAAACUCCAUUAGAGUUCUCCCAGAAUUUCACACAAAAAUUUAGUAAUAGAUUUCGAUUUUUCUGUAUGAAUUAUUUAAUGAUUUUUUCUGUAGACAU